AUGAAUUCCAAAAUUAGCUAAAGACCACCUCCUCCCAAAUUCGAUUGGAAUUUAGUAGUCCAGAAAUAAAUCGAAGAAACAAAACAGAUGCCAGAAUUGCAGAAAUCCGACAAAAGAAGACUCAAACAAGUCAACCUUUUAAUCGAGGAAAUGCUCAAAAAGCUUUCACAAGCUAAUUUUUAAUUCUUAAGUGAUUUAAACCAAGACGUGAUCAAGGUCAACUGCUUAGAGAUGUUGAAUAGUGAAUUGAUAGAGAAAGUAAAAUCCAAAAAAUAUUAAUCAAUAGCAUGUGCAUUGAUUAUAUAAUCUUUAAGAAUUCUGCUCAUUCCAUUAAGAGUCAACGAAGUUAUUUAAAUUAUCGAUGUGAAUGAGAAACAAGUACGCAAGAUAUUGAUUCAACUAAACCAAUUCAAACCAUUUAACGAAGACGCCUUUACCCUAGCCUUCAUGACUAGAAUUUGUAGAUGCAUAGGAUUUAAUCAGAAGUUUCAAACACUAUGCAAAUUCUUCUUUUCCAAUUUAAAGAAUUUGAAUCUAAUUUAAGGAGAACACGAGCAUGUAGUCGCCUCAGUCCUAAUUAAAUUAACAGGAGAUUUUGUAUUCAAAGAAAAAGGAGGUAUAAAUUUAAAUGCGAUAUCUGAAAUGGCUGGAUGUUGUCAAGUCUCAUUGAAAAAUGUUCUAUAAAAAUUAUCACCCUAUAACUAAACAAUGUAAGAUUCAGCCUUUGAAUUUUAUUAAAGAACUAAAUGA